CGUACAUGACACACAGAAAAAAACAAAACCUCAUAAUCAGGCACGAGCAAGCACGAGCACGCCCUCAUUACCUUGAUCGUGUCUCCCGCAGCCAGGCCCUGCACGGGCGCAAUGACACGCGGCGGCGGCGAGCGAUCUCCCCCCGCGUGGGACGCGGCUGCUGACAACGAGCCUAAGAAGAAGAAGCAGAAGGUCAAGGUCACCAAGGAGGGCAAGCGCCAGCUGCUCCUGGAGGAGGCGAAGAUGGUGGCUCCUGACGCCAUUGUCAAGGAUGGCCGCUUCCUGCCGCUGUGGAUCAAGACGAAGGUCCUGACGAAAGUGUGCUGGCUGAGCCAGUCAUACGCGCUUAUCUGCGGCAGCGCAGGCAUCAAGUGGAGCGACUUCAGCCACGCUUUCCGCGAGAAGGGAAGCAAGGGCGCGGGCCGGUACGACGUCUACGCGCUGCUGCGCGGCUGGUUGAAUGCCGUGAUUAUGGAGGCGACUGACAACAAGGACCUCGGCCUUGAGUUCAUUCACAUGGACCCCAAUGAGCCGGUGGCUAGUGCCGUCUGGGCCAAGCUGGAGAGCAUGGUGGAGACUUACACGACCAACUACCAGGCCGAGAGCGUCUGGGGCGGCGACUACAAACUGGCGGCCUUCGUGGCUCCCAAGGAGAAGCAGGAGGGCAUGACGGAGGCAGAGAAGCGCCAGGUGAUGAAGGACAACGCCAACGCCCUGCAUGUGCGCUGGUGGGCGUACGUGCAGUCCAAGAACCCGCCGCUGCUGGCGCGCAUGUACAACUUCGACAACGACCCUGCACCGGGCACAACUCCGGCGCCGCGCCUGGGGGGUGCCCCUACACCAGUGACAGGAGCGCAAGAGCAGCGGCAGGGGCAGGAGCCUGUGGGACCGGCGACUGCGGCAGGCGGCAACCUGACGGCACCAGCGGCUGGCGCUGCAGCAGCUGUGACUGGCGCCGAGGCAGCUGUGACUGGUGCUGCGGCAGCUGUGACUGGUGCUGCAGCAGCUGCAACUGGUGCUGCGGCAGCUGUGACUGGCGCUGAGGCAGCUGUGACUGGUGCUGCGGCGGCUGUGACUGGUGCUGCGGCAGCUGCAACUGGCGCUGAGGCAGCUGUGACUGGUGCUGAGGCAGCUGGGCAGACUGGAAAUGAGGAGGCUGCUGGCAGGCGUCAGGGUGCCCGCCGGCGGCUGCCCGCCGUGCGCAGGACAUGAACAGGGAUGUAGGGCCAUGGCAUAAGGGAGGGUUAAGCAUCCAUGUUGCACAGACGGCUUGACAUGACCAGGGAUGCGGGGGCAAUGCACAAGGGAGGGUAGGCUUCCAGGUGGCACUGACGGCUUGACAUGACCAGGGAUGCAGGGGCAAUGCGCAAGGGAGGGUAGGCUUCCAGGUGGCACCGACGGCUUGACAUGACCAGGGAUGCAGGGGCAAUGCACAAGGGAGGGUAGGCUUUCAGGUGGCACCGACGGCUUGACAUGACCAGGGAUGCAGGGGCAAUGCACAAGGGAGGGUAGGCUUCCAGGUGGCACUGACGGCUUGACAUGACCAGGGAUGCAGGGGCAAUGCGCAAGGGAGGGUAGGCUUCCAGGUGGUACUGACGGCUUGACCUAGAGCAUGCGUCGCGGAGUGGCGAACAGGUGGUUAACACUGCUGUCUGAGGUAACAAUGCAGGUUACAUGAGUUGUAAGCGAUGACAAUGCCUUGUGACCUCUGCGCAUGGUAUGCCUUUACCAGGGGGUUACCUCGCUACAUAGUCAGGGCCUGCGGAUCGUUAGGGGGUCGUUACGGGGUGCACCCCGUAACGAUCAACUAUGAUGGUGAAGUGUAUGGUAACGACCAUUUUGCUGCCAUAGGGCAGACAUGACUAGGCGUAUUGUUGCAUGUACGUAUGGACUUGCGGUAGUGUUGCAUAAGUGUUGCAUGAGCAUCUGCACUUGUCGUGCUAUCAAGCCUUGACAGAUGGCUAGCAUGUGGAGUAGCGGUAGGACUACAUAGUUCUUACGUUAGUACUGAGGUUGGCCUUCAGCAAAGCACAAGGCUGCCAUGUAACGGGCGUCAAAGUGAUGGUUACUGGUGUGCCUUGUAGACCGUGACAAGGCUGUUACCAUGGCUGGUUAAGAUGGUAAGCAGAUCGUAGCGAGAUCGUAACGAUGCCGGAGGGGUAACGAUCUACGACCUAGGUAACAGCGAUCGUAACGAUCGUUUGGGUGCCAUAGGGCCUCUAUACGUGAUCUUCU